AUGUCGGUGGUGAAAUCGAUUAACCUGGUGCUGCCUGAAGAGAAGGUGUAUUUGGCAGGCUCCAGCAUAGCUGGCCAAGUGAUUCUGACCCUUAACAACUCUUUGAUCAACCCCACAGUAAAGGUAGAGCUCGUGGGAAGAGGCUAUUUGGAGUGGAAUGAAGAGACUAAUGCUGACAAGGAUUACAGCAGAGACAUUAUCUGCAAUAACAAGGCUGACUACAUCAAUAAAACAAAGACAUUCUAUAUAGAAGGUAACUGGCUGGCGUCAGGCACCCACAUCUUUGACUUCAAUUUCAACUUACCUGACAGACUUCCAUCGACAUUCAGCAGCAACAUAGCCCGUGUCUCCUACUUCCUCAAAGCCUCCUGCGCCACCCGAGAGCUCAUCUUAGCCAAGCAGAAGAAAUAUUUACUGGUGCAAGGGACCUCCUAUGGCCUCCUUCAAAAUAAAAUAGAAUCCCAGUACCCUUUGGUGGUGGAAGUCAACAAGCACGUAGCUUAUCAUUGCUGCUUCAAACACGGCCUCGUCAUCCUCCGGAUUUCCCUGGUGAAAAACACAUUCGCCCCCGGUGAACAGAUCAUCUUCACGACAGAGAUCGACAACCAGACAGGCAGGUCCAUCAGGAAGGUGGUUUUUGCCUUGUACUCCAUCAUCCUCUACCUGGGCUACACCGUCAGGGCAGAACGGCGCUCCUUAGAAGACCGAAACGAAGUGAUGAGGCUGGAGUCCAGGACCAAGGCAGCCCCUUUUGAGGUCACAAAGAUCACCAGCAUGUUCUCUCUGCCCAAGUUACUGUCUGUCAGCAGCAUGUCCAUAGCCAAUGAAAUCAUGGAAGUCCGGUAUGAGCUGAUAGGGACAGUUUACCUUCCCUGGUCCAUGACCACAAUUGUGGCCAAAGUGCCUAUCAUCAUAAGAACCACAGCUGUAGGCAUCCCUGAGGACUAG